AACGUGGGUGUGUUCAGGUCACCAAUCACAUCAUACAUGAAUAUCGACGAAGCUAGAAGAAUAUGCUCAACGUAUUUGUCCGGCGCUUGGAAGAAUGCCGCAACAGACAACUUCACAAUGACGGAAGUCUGUGGAGGUCUAACAAAUAAACUAUUUCGUUGUCGCUUGUCGUUGUCCUCCACGGACGCCGAACCAACGGACAUACUGCUGAGAAUAUUUGGUGAAUUGGUGCAGUCAUCGACUGAAGCUUUGCUCAACAAUACUGUCGUCACGGCGCUGCUGUCUGAACGUCGGUUAGGACCAAAGCUACACGCAGUGUUUGAUGGCGGAAGAAUAGAGGAAUUUGUGUUGAAUAGUCGGCCAUUGAGGACCAAAGAGUUGGCUGAUCCGGUAACUAGUAAAAAGAUUGCUGUAUCAUUGGUCGAUAUGCACGUCACAGAGAUGCCACUAGCAAAGACUCCAUUGUGGAUCCAAGCGAUGUUGACACAAUGGAUGGAGGAAUUGAAAGGAGAUCGAAGUGCUGAUGCAUCACGUGAUCUGCCAUGUGACAUUGAAGAAGAAAUGUUAUGGAUUUGCAGAGAAUUACUACCCAAAGUAUCAUCACCGGUUGUCUUCUGUCAUAACGACUUACAAGAAGGAAACAUCCUACUCAUAGACGAAGCAGGCACUCAGAGACUUCAAUUAAUUGAUUUCGAAUAUUGCAGCUACAAUUACAGGUAUGCAUCAAGUGUCUGCUACCGUACACAGUUAAACUAUUUUCCGACUCGAAGAGGGUUUGACAUUGCCAAUCACUUCUGCGAAUGGUCACUAGACUACACAAUCAGUGAUCCACCAUACUUUGCAUUGGAGCCGUCAGACUUCCCAUCACAAGCACAGCAGGUAGGAACUAAUAUUACUAUUGUAUGUCAUCGCCUUAGAAACUGUGACCUUCAGUUGCACUUUAUACACACUUACCUGGACGAGAUAUCCAAACAUCGUUCUAUAGGAGAUAGGUGUAGAGAAGAGCAAGCAGUACUGAAAGAAGUCGAACAGUUUGUUCCGUUGUCUCACUUCGUGUGGGCUGUGUGGGGACUAUACCAGGCCAGAUCAUCAGACAUCGAAUUCGAUUACAAGGAAUAUGCUGUCCAGCGACUCUCGGCGUACAAGACAACAAAAGAACGUUUACUAGAAAAGCAACUGUAGAAAUCCGGUGUGUACACCAAUUUUUUCUGCAAGACCUAUUCUUCUAAUGGUAAUCUGAAGCACGAUGUACAGUAGAUUUGUAUAUUUAAAUUGACGAAUAGGUACAGUACACAC